GAAACAAUCGAUAGCUGUGAGCGGUCUCACACUGCAAGAUAAAGUCAUUUUUGUGACACUGUCUGUCAGAAGUCAGCAAAUUCUCGGCGUUAUAAGAGCGUUAUGAGUAUAAGGUGUUAACGUGAGUGCACCGUACGCAGCGUCCGCCAUCAGAAUGAAGAAGACGAGCUCAGAGAAAAAACGCCAUGUGGUGGCAUGGGUCAACAAAGCUGAGUGGGAUCAAGUUCUGGAGUAUCUGUACUCGAAGGAUCCCGCCUUACAGAGGUAUGCACUGCAGAGGAUAUCAGCUUGGAAAGGCAGGUAUGCCAACAACACUCCCGUCGCAGUGGAGUGCACAGCGGACCUGGUGAGGUGUCAGGUGCUGGACAGGUCAGGACAGCUGGACGGAGACGAGCUGGUCCUGCUUUAUGGAGCGGCCCUGGUGAGGUUUGUCAAUUUGAUCACCGAGCGCCAGCAGGGGAGAGUAGCCCGUCCACUCCGGCGGCUGGCUGGAAACCUAAACAUCCCAGAGUGGGUUGUAGACCUGAGGCAUGAUUUCACACACCGGAAGCUCCCUACCUUGAAAUGGUGUCGAAAGGGAUGCAAGGUGGUUCUGGAGUGGCUCCAGCAGGAGUACUGGUCCAGGCAGCUGGGAGGAGGCCCUAAUGAGGACUGGGAAUCACAGCUGGAUAGAGAGGAUGAAGAAAUUGACCUAAAACGACAAGAGGACGAGCUCAUUGCAAGGCAAAAAGAAAUGGAAGCCUACAAGAGGGCACGAGAGCUUCUGAUAUCCUUUGAAAAGGAGCAGUACCAGGCUUUGGAUGGCCCGCCUGAAGACAAUGAGAAGAGCUUGUGGCCAGCCCCCUUUGCAGACAUGAGCUGGUUACUAGGUGAGAUCAAGCAGUUUGCUUUGGACUCAAGCGAUUUGCUGAUUGAUGUGUUGUUGGAAGAUGGAUUUCUAGUUCCCACUGUUGAACAACUAGAAUCAUUAGGCUGUGACAGUGACAGUGAUAAUCCCACUGAACCUAGACUCCCUCAAACCUUGAUGCGUUUCUGGCUGCCCCUCCUGAAGAUGCUCAACUCUCCGUCCUUUAUUCACCUCCUUCUGGAGAAGCUCUUUGUUGAACUGAAGCUGCUUGCCAAAGAGCAGAGUAAUCACAGGGCGUUCUAUAUUUCUGCUUGGAUUUCAGAAAUCAUUUUCUGUAACAGCAACAAAUUUGAAUACCAUUUUGAGACAAAGGUACAGAAGAAGGCCAGAAUGAAGGACAGGAUUUUUGUAAACCGCAUCCAGCUGCGGUGGCAGCAGCUGCUCUCAGCAUGCCUGGAUGCUCCCUGUACCAGCACGCCUCACUUGCUCCAGUUAAUCCUGGAUGACAUGGAGCAUCCUCUCCCUCUGGAAACGCGACAGAGGCUGCUCCAGCUCUGCUCCAUCUACACACAGACUGCACACCGAGAAUCUGAUUCUUCUCCGCAGCAGAAACAACAGCCAGUAUACACACUGGAGUGUCUGCUUGAGAAGCUCCAGCAUUCAUGGCGCCACAGCCAUCCUUGGCGUUCCACAGCUGACUCGGAGAGAAGCGAGUCCUCCCAGGAGUACAAAUGGGCAGAUAUUCAGGCUGAAAAAGCAAAAUUGCUCAGAGGUUCACCAUGGCAGGUGUGCGUUGAUAAGGUUUUGUGGAAGAACUACCCUCUUGGUAAAGUCCCUGGACAAUCAGAUGACCCUUCAUGCCUCAUGGUGGAAAACUACUCAACAAUGACUGUCUUUGACCAGCCAGUGGAGUUAGAGAGCAACACAACACACAAUGCCCCAGGAGUCUCUGUACCAGUGAGAACAGCUGAUGGCCUUCUUUGGACCCAUGGUGAUGCUAGCAAGCUUAAAUCUGGACUGCAACUUUUUUGAGUCAUGUUGAAACACUGUGAAAUAUAGACCUGUCACUGAUGGCACAUUACUGAACUUGUGCUCUCUGUUGUUUUGACACUUGGAAAAAAGAAAAGAUUCAAAAUGUGUCAACUUCAAUACUAAAUAGACUUUUUUGUCAGAUAAAACAAAAAUGUAAAGGAGUAGAUUAGAUGAUUGACAUAAAAGUCAUUUAUCAGAUAGAAUGCCAAAUAUUGCCGAUUCUAGCUUCUUAAAUGUGAGAAUUUGAUGAUUUUCUCUGUUUUAUAUCGUCUGGGAGUGUAACUGAUGAUUAUUCGUAUUACAAAUUGAUGCUGAUUGUUUUCUCGGUUAGUUAAAAGUCACAACAGAGGGAAAACUGGCCAUUACAACUUCCCAGAAUCCAAGGCCAUCUUCAAAUGACUGGCUUCAUCUGCCCAACAGUCCAAAAUCAAGAUUUUCAAGUGUCUGACAUGUUGUAGACAAAACAAUUAAUCAGUUAAUCCAAUAAAUAAUCAGCCAACUCAUUAAGAUUGAAAAUAACUUUUAGUGGCAGCCCUACUAUAAAGCAUUUGAAAAGCCAUCAUCUACAUGUUGUGUCUAUGAUACUUCUAUUGUGUGGUUAAGACGAAAGUGGAACUAGUGCAGACUAUAUAUCCUAUAAAGCAUCAUAUGCUGCAUGAACUGGGAUAUAUUUAUUUCAUUAUAAUGGUGCAUCAGGAGUACAGUGAGGGUGCUUUUUAACAUCAGCCAUACAACUUGUACUGUUAUCACAGUUGUUGUUCUCUACAGAUGGUUUUGGAGAAGAUGCCUUUUAGUUGAAAACCCUGUUGGUGGUUUUGUAUAAUACAUCAUCUUUUGUGUACUUAUGUUCAAUAAAACCUUAUUCCACUA